GUUAACUCUCUCCACCUAACUCCUCUGUUUCCCUCCUAUAAAUCCUCACACUUAACAUUCAUGAUUCUUCAGCAGUACAAAAAUACCCAUUCUCCUCAAUUUUCCCCCAAAAGAACUCAAAAAAUGGAUCUUCUCUUACUGGAGAAGACCUUAAUAGGUCUUUUCUUUGCCAUUUUAAUCGCUAUUAUUGUCUCUAAACUUCGUUCCAAGCGAUUUAAACUACCCCCAGGUCCAAUUCCAGUCCCAGUUUUUGGAAAUUGGCUUCAAGUUGGUGAUGAUUUGAACCAUAGAAACCUUACUGAGUAUGCUAAAAAAUUUGGUGAUGUUUUCUUGCUUAGAAUGGGGCAAAGGAACUUAGUUGUUGUGUCAUCCCCUGAAUUAGCUAAAGAAGUUUUACACACACAAGGGGUUGAAUUUGGUUCAAGAACAAGAAAUGUUGUUUUUGAUAUUUUUACAGGGAAGGGUCAAGAUAUGGUUUUUACAGUGUAUGGUGAGCACUGGAGGAAAAUGAGGAGGAUUAUGACUGUACCCUUUUUUACAAAUAAGGUGGUGCAGCAGUAUAGAGGAGGGUGGGAGUCUGAGGCUGCUAGUGUAGUUGAGGAUGUGAAGAAAAACCCUGAAUCUGCUACAAAUGGGAUUGUUUUGAGGAAAAGAUUGCAGCUUAUGAUGUAUAAUAACAUGUUUAGGAUUAUGUUUGAUAGGAGAUUUGAGAGUGAAGAUGAUCCCCUUUUUGUUAAGCUUAGGGCUUUGAAUGGUGAGAGGAGUAGAUUGGCUCAGAGCUUUGAGUACAACUAUGGUGAUUUUAUCCCUAUUUUGAGGCCUUUCUUGAGAGGAUACUUGAAGAUUUGUAAGGAGGUUAAGGAGAAGAGGUUGAAGCUAUUCAAGGACUACUUUGUUGAUGAAAGAAAGAAGCUUGCAAAUACCAAGAGCAUGGACAGCAAUGCUUUGAAAUGUGCAAUUGAUCACAUUCUUGAAGCUCAACAGAAGGGAGAGAUCAACGAGGAUAACGUUCUUUACAUCGUUGAGAACAUCAAUGUUGCUGCAAUCGAAACAACAUUGUGGUCAAUUGAGUGGGGUAUCGCGGAACUAGUCAACCACCCUCACAUCCAAAAGAAACUCCGUGACGAGAUUGAUACAGUUCUUGGACCAGGAGUGCAAGUAACUGAGCCAGACAUGCCCAAGCUUCCGUACCUUCAGGCUGUGAUCAAGGAGACUCUUAGACUCAGGAUGGCAAUUCCUCUUUUAGUCCCACACAUGAACCUUCAUGAUGCUAAGCUUGCUGGAUACGAUAUUCCAGCUGAGAGCAAAAUCUUGGUUAACGCUUGGUGGCUAGCUAACGACCCCGCUCACUGGAAGAAACCUGAAGAGUUCAGACCUGAGAGGUUCUUCGAAGAGGAGAAGCACGUUGAGGCCAAUGGCAAUGACUUUAGAUUUCUUCCUUUCGGUGUUGGUAGGAGGAGUUGCCCCGGAAUUAUCCUUGCAUUGCCAAUUCUCGGCAUCACUUUGGGACGUUUGGUUCAAAACUUUGAGAUGUUGCCUCCUCCAGGGCAGUCGAAGCUCGACACCUCUGAGAAAGGUGGACAGUUCAGUCUCCACAUUUUGAAGCAUUCCACCAUUGUGAUGAAACCAAGAUCUUUCUAAACUUUGUAAUACUAUCAAUUAAUUAUGAUUGUUGUUUGUUUGUGUAAACCUUUUAAGUUUGACAGAAAACAUUCUUCUUUUUCUUAUGUCUUAUAAAAGUCUUAUUGGACUAGAUUCAUUAUAAGUUUUACCUUUCUGAUGUA